CAGAGAUUUAACGAGGGUUUUUCCAUUUUUGCAAAAACGUAAGUUCGCAAGAUAAACCAACGCAGUUUGUUCAGUGAACAUCAAAACAUGUCCUUCGACCAACGGAAAGCAGCCACGCUAGCAUCACUCAACUCCUCCGUCACUGACAAAUCACCGAAAGGAACGUUAGACACCCCCAUCAUCCCCCUCAUCAACGCCCUCAACUCCCAUCCCAAUUACUUCACCACCAGCUCCUGCUCCGGCCGCAUCUCGCUCUUCUCCCACCCCAAGAACCGCCCCAAGGGUGGCGCCUGGCUCUACAUCACCCACGACCCAGCCGACGCUGAGUCCGUCGUCUCCCUCCUCUAUCGUUCCCCACCGAGCCACUUACCCAGCUGCGUCCUGCCCACGCCGAACGAUCUGGUGUUCCGGUUCGAACCGUUGAUAGUGGCUGUUGAGUGCAGGGACGUCGAGUCAGCUCAGUCCUUGGUAUCGAUUGCGGUGUCUUGCGGGCUCAGAGAGUCCGGGGUAGCGAGUGUGAGUAAGCGAGUGAUCGUCGGGAUACGGUGCUCGAUAAGGCUGGAGGUGCCAUUUGGAGAGAAUGGUGCCAUUUUGGUGUCAAGAGAGUACGUGAGGUUUCUCGUGGGUGUGGCUAAUGAGAAAAUGGAGGCUAAUAGGAGGAGGACUGAAGGGUUUUUACAAGCUUUGAUGGGUUGUAAUGGGUUGGGGCUCUCGGUUUCCACGAACGAUGAGAAUGGGAAUCAUGUGGAUGAGGAGAAAGUAAAGGCUGAUGAUUCCCAGUUUGGUAAUUACGUUUGUAAUGUGGGCAUUACUUGGCCAGCGGGAGAUUCUAGUUGCAGUCUGUCUGCUACUCAGAUAAUGAUUUCUGGUGACCCUAUAGAGAAGUCAUACCUUUGGGGUCAUUCAGCUUGCACAUUGGGAACCACCAAUUGCGAUUACAAGAUUCUUGUAUUUGGUGGUUUUGGGGGUAUGGGAAGACAUGGACGCAGAAAUGAUACUUUACUGCUAGAUCCAUUACAAGGAACAUUAAAAGUAAUUCAUGCUGAGAGCUUUCCAUCUCCACGCUUGGGUCACACUUCUUCUUUGGUUGGAGAUCGCAUGUUUGUUAUUGGAGGCCGGGAUCAUCCCUUGAACAUCCUGAGUGAUGUAUGGGUUUUCAAUAUAAACAAUAAUGCAUGGACAUUGGUAGAAUGUGCUGGUUGUGUUUUUCCUCCUAGGCAUCGGCAUGCUGCAGCAGUUGUAGGCUCAAAGAUAUAUGUGUUCGGUGGUCUUAACAAUGGUACAAUCUUUUCAUCUUUGCAUGUGCUCGACUCAGAUAAUCUCCAAUGGGAAGAAUUAUUGGUCAGUGGGGAAUUGCCCUGUGCCCGACAUUCUCAUGCAAUGGUGGCAUAUGGAUCUAAGUUAUACAUGUUUGGAGGGUUCAAUGGAGAGAAACCGCUUGGAGAUUUUUACAGUUUUGAUGUCCAUACAUGUUUAUGGAAGAGGGAAGAGGUAGCAGGAAGAACUCCAAAUGCUAGGUUCUCCCACUCAAUGUUUCUCUACAAAAAUUAUCUUGGAGUGAUUGGGGGUUGUCCAGUCGGACAACAUUACCAAGAUUUGGCAUUACUUGAUCUGCAGCUCCAAAUGUGGAAACAUGUGAAACUCGAUUCCAUGAGUAAAGAGUUGUUUGUCCGGUCUACUGCCAAUGUGGUUGGUGAUGAUCUUAUAAUGAUCGGUGGUGGUGCCGCUUGCUAUGCUUUUGGAUCAAAGUUUAGUGAGCCAAUUAAAAUCAACUUGCUCCCAGCCCCCAUAGUGUCCUUUGAUGAUUAUCACACACCUGCAGAGAUUGGAGAAAAGCUUGUAAUUCACCAGUGUGAAGGGGUAACAGAAGAAAAGAACAUUGAUGUUCAAGGUACAAAAACUGGGGAUUUACAGAUUUCAACUCCAAAUUCUGACUUAAAUUCUGAGGCCGAAUCACAUUCUGUGAACAGUGGACAUCAGAUGGUUGCUUCACACUGGGUUAUGCAACUUGAUAGAAAAUAUGCCAAGUUAGGGAAAGACAUAUUGAAAAAGUUUGGAUGGUUAGACCUUGUAAGGAAGGCUUAUCCACGGGAAGAUGGAAUACAUAUAUGUUUCCCCGUGACACAAAAAUUCUGCUCUAUGUUCCAUGAAAAGCAGCAUUUUUUUGGAGCUGAAUCUGAAGCAUUGCAUCUUCUUGAGGAAUGUGGGUCCACUAAGCAGGCAGAUGAAGUUGUUGAAGUCAGAAGAACUUCCAAAUCUCCCUUAACAACAAUGACUGAAGCAGUUGCUUCUUUGAUUCAGUGUAAAGGCCUGUCACCUUCACUCUUAGAGCAGCUACCCUCUAGAUGGGAACGGCUUGGGGAUAUUGUUGUGCUUCCAGUGACAUCCUUCAAGGACCCAGUAUGGGACUCCAUUGGUGAAAAGCUUUGGCCUACCAUUGCCAAGUCACUUAAGGCUUCUCGUCUUGCUCGUCAAGGUCGAGUUGCAUCAACUGGUACAAGGGAUAGUACUUUGGAGAUGCUUGUAGGAGAUAAUGGCUGGGUCAACCAUUGUGAGAAUGGGAUUCUCUAUUCCUUUGAUGCUACCAAGUGCAUGUUCUCCUGGGGCAAUCUCUCUGAAAA